CUGUCGUCGGGACUCCUAGCCGGGAAAGUCAGCGGGGUAUAUAAGCGGCAGAGCAGUCCCGGCUCCAAGAGGCACCCCGAGGGGUAACGGUGUGGGGGCAGCAGGACAAGAUGAAGUCUUGCAGGGCCCUUCUCCGCACCCUGGCGUUCCUGAUGGCUGCUGCUGCCCCCAGAGCGGGCUUUGCCCAGGAGACCGAGUCCAGCUGCUGUGCACAGCUGAAGGGAUUAUCCCAGUGUGGAGCGGACAAGAAGAUCUUUUUCCAGGGCCAGCCAGGGAUCCCAGGAAUGCCGGGCAUGCCAGGGACAAAUGGCCUACCUGGGGCUAAAGGAGAUCCAGGCCCUCAAGGGCCCCCAGGCGAGAAGGGCUCCCCUGGGGCAAUGGGGAAGGCUGGACCCAAAGGAGACAAAGGAGAAACCAGCAGUUCUGCCAGCUCUCAGCAGCAAGGGGCAGGUGCCAGGAACUGCAAGGAGCUGCUGGAGCAGGGACAGGGGCUGAGCGGCUGGUACCCCGUCCACCCCCAACCGGGGAGGACGCUGACCGUCUUCUGUGACAUGGAAACGGAUGGCGGGGGCUGGCUGGCGUUCCAGCGGCGACAGGACGGGUCGGUGGAUUUCUAUCAGGGCUGGGAGGCCUACAAGAGAGGGUUUGGAAACCAAGCAUCGGAGUUCUGGCUGGGCAACGACAACAUCCACCUUCUCACCCGCUCCGGGACCUACCAGCUGCGGAUUGAUGCCAGGGACUUCAAUGAGUCCAGCACGUUUGCCAAGUACACCAGCUUCAAGAUGCUGAGCGAAAAGGAAAACUACACGCUUGCCUUGGGCUCCUACUUGGAUGGCACCAUGGGAGAUUCUCUCUCGGGACACAACAAGCUGGGCUUCUCCACACGGGACAAAGACCAUGACACCUUUGGGGGCAGCUGUGCCACCGUCUACAAAGGCGGCUGGUGGUAUGGGCAGUGCCACUCCUCGAACCUCAACGGGCUGUACCUCAAAGGUGAACACAGCUCCUACGCCAACGGGAUCAACUGGUCCACCGGGAAGGGGCACCACUACUCUUACAAAUACGUGGACAUGAAAAUAAGGCCCCAGUAGGCAGCCUCUCUCUCUGGGGACUGGGCUGAUGCUACAGGGAACCUUCCCCAGGGACCUACUGACGGCUGAAGACCCCUUUUGCAGGGCUAGUAAACUGGGAACUUGCCAUUAGCUGCGGUACUGCAGACUGCAAUUCAGUCUCCUCCCCGGGUGUUAGCCCUGCAGGUGGUGUCCCCCCAGGGGCUAAAGCAGGAGCACCCCCCCAGCUCCUUCUUUUCUUUGGCUGGCCCAGUGAGAGCUCUACCUACUUAAACCCCUGCUUGUCCUGCUAUAGGAAAGAUGAGCUAGGAGUCAGGACUUCUGGACACUUUUCCCACUGACCUGCUGUCUGACCCUGGGACAAGUUGCUGCCCCUCCCUGCCUCAGUUUCCCCCGGCUGUAAAAUGUAGGUGAGAAUACUGGCCCAUCUCACAGCUCAAUAUAAUUUGCAAAGGGCUCCGAGAUCCUAGAGUGGGGGUUGCUACAGAAAUGCAAAGUGUUACUUUAUUGAACGCUGGCCAAGCAGCAGAGAAAUUGCCUGCGAGUUGAGCUGUACUCGGGCUGAAUGCCAAGCUACUGCAGCAAAGGCCCUUUUGAUGAGCCCACACUGGUAUUUUACCGUCUCAAUUAGCCAGUUUUCAGCAGGGCUUGGCCUCCACAAUGGGGGUCAGAUUUUCAAGAGACCUCUGUGCAAAGUCUGGCCCUACGAAUUGCAGAGGGAGCGGCUGACAUCUCAAGGGUCUGGCCCCUAUGGAGGGUGCUCAGAGCUUGAGAAUUUACCCAGUCAGCCUGCACCCCACGGUGAUUUGCGGGUAGCUUUGUAUUUCUCUUUCCUUAUUCUUUGGAAAAAUAAAGUGCCUACGAUGUUU